CUCUAUUGUCCUGCGGAAAUGUUAUCAACACUUCACGGGUUCUGGCGGAUUAUUUUGAAUAUUGUCAAUUGUUCAUGACAUGAGCUAUUGAUAUGGUCUUUUACAAGUGUACCGAAUUGGUGAUAUAAAGCAAAAACGUAAAUAAUGGCAACAGAGCCAGUGGUCAGUAGACUGACCAAGCUGAAUCAGCUGAUACAGAACAAGACCAAGGACAAUGGCCUACAGUCACUCCUAGCCAAGGAAGGACUCCUAGAUGCAUUGCUCGUACUCUAUGAUGAAUGUAAUCAGGAAAAUUUAACCAGAGACAAGCACAUUUCAUUGUUUGUCCAAAAGCAUAAAGCGACGAUUCGUGAGUUACGCCGUUUAAGACUUAGCAUUUCAGAUUUUGAAAUAAAAGAUGUGAUUGGACGAGGACACUUCGGUGAGGUAAAGGUCGUACGCGAAAAGUCCAAUGGUGAUGUCUAUGCUAUGAAGGUGCUACGGAAGUCGGAUACUUUGGCUAAAGAAAAUGUUGCUUUUUUUGAGGAAGAGCGAGACAUCAUGGCGAGGGCAGACAACACAUGGAUCACAUCAUUACAAUACGCCUUCCAAGAUGAGGUCAACUUGUACUUAGUGAUGGAGUUCCUUCCGGGUGGAGAUCUGUUAUCCCUGCUCAGCCGUUAUGAUGAUAUCCUUGAAGAGAACAUGGCUAGAUUCUACCUUGCGGAGCUGGUGGCUGCUUUGCACAGUCUACACAUGCUAGGAUAUGUACACAGGGACAUAAAGCCAGACAACAUCUUGAUUGACAGGACCGGUCACAUCAAGCUAGCAGACUUUGGAUCAGCAGCAAAAUUAUCAUCAGCUAAAACGGUGAACUCAAAGAUGCCAGUCGGGACCCCUGAUUAUGUCUCGCCUGAAGUUCUUGUGUCCAUGAACAAGACGGAGGGGGGUAACUAUGGUGUGGAGUGCGAUUGGUGGUCUGUCGGUAUUGUCGCCUACGAGAUGUUAUACGGGAAGACUCCAUUUGCGGGCGACACAGUAAUGGAGACUUACAGUAAUAUAAUGAACCAUGCAAAAACGCUACGCUUUCCAAUCAGAUCCAUAGUCACAAAGAACGCCAUUGACUUGAUCAAGGGAUUGUGCUGUAAAAGAGAAAAACGACUUGGUUACGAGGGCUUGGGUUGCCACGUUUUCUUCAGUGGGGUUAACUGGGCUACACUCAGAAAAAGUGUUCCUCCGUUCGUUCCAACUGUGAACAGUGUUGAUGAUACAUCAAAUUUUGAUGAGUUUGAUGCAGCGCCACCAACCAUUGAUGUUAACAGUUUCAUGAAAAAGAAGGAUUUCAGUGGCAGGAACUUGCCUUUUGUUGGGUUUACCUUUACAAAGCAGCUAUCAAACAUUACAAAACCACUUCUAGCUCUAGAUGUAGCAUCACCUGCUGCUAAAACGUCCACCGAGAGGCAGCUUGCCGCAAAAACCAAAGAGCUGAACGAACUCAAAGAGAAGUACCAUCAGAUGGAGCUUGAACAUGCCCCAAUGAGCCGUCAGUUCAACGACCUCAACACCACAAUCAGCGACAAGACAGACAAUUUAAAAAGACUUCAGAAAGAGAAAGAUUUGCUUGAGAAGGAAAAGGCCAUGUCACUUACUGAGAUUGCUAAUUUGAAGAGAAUUUUAGAAACUGAAAGAAAAGAGCAUGAGUUACUUGAUGGGAAGGCAGUUCAACUUGUAGCACAAAUAAGUGAGAUGAACAAGAAGGCUGAGAGUAUUAGGAAUGAUACUACAGGGUCAGAGUUGAACGAAUAUAAACUAGCAUUCACGCAGCUGGAAUUGGAUCGUUAUGUGGCCUCUCAACGAGCAGAGAAUCUUGAAACUGAAAUGAAAACACGGCAGAAAGAGCUAGAGGAGAGCAAAUCUCUGGUGAUAGACCUUCAAGGCAAAUUAGCCAAGAGCAAGGAAAGCUCACGAGGGGAAGUUCAGAAAUUACAAAGAAAAUUAGAAAAGAUAUCUGAAGAAAGCAAGCAACAGAUUACAGACUUGAAAGACAAAUUAAGCAAAGCAAAUGAUGCUAAUGCAGAGACCACAAACCUGCUGCAGAACUUGCGGAACUCCAAAGACCAAAUGGAGAAGCAGAUGAACUCUAAGAUUGCCAAGUCCGACUGUUGCCAGAUGGUGCAGCAACGUCUUCAGGAACGAAAGGACAUCCAAAAAAGUCUGGAGAACCGGUUACAUGUUGUCCAAGAAAGAGAGGUUAUGCUGAAGGAAUCUGUUGAGUCUAAGCAUAGCGUGAUCCAAAACCUCACCAGUAAACUGCUAGAGAUCGAAGACAAAUAUGAGGAGACUUUGCAGAAGCUUCAGAAGUCAGAGAGAGACAACGCCCGUAAAGAAACAGCUACUGAAGGUCGUGUGACAGAAUUGAAACUGAAGCUGGAGUCUGCUCGAACAGAGCAAACUGCUCUCCAGGAUGUUAUAAACAAAAACCAGCAAAGAUUAGAGGAGUAUGUUUCUGACAUUGCCAUGAAAGAGAAGGAGGUUCAAUUAGAGAGGAACAAGGUCAAGAUGUUGGAGCAACAAAUUUCGGAGACGUUAACGACUCGCAGUGAACGUUUCGCAAAUGAGAUCAAGGAAACCAGACGAGUUGAGGCUGAGAAACUUGCAGAUUUGCGACAAGAAAAGCUGUAUUUGGAGACACAAGUUGGUAUGCUGGAAGCAACGCUGAAAACAAAAGAUGCUGAAGGAAGCAUGCAAGCCAAACAGGUCACUGAACUUCAGGAAAAAUUUAAAAAGAAAACAUGUGAAUAUCAAGCUGAGGUCCAGAGCCUGAAGGAACAACUACGGGAAUCACAGAACACCAGCAUGGAGGCAACCAGUACCAUCACACACCUUCAAGACAGUGAAGGUCGACUCAAGGAACGACUGCAACGUCUGCACCAGCAGCUUGAUGACAGCGUCAAGGAAGCUCAAGAAAAGAUCAGCAGUGUAGAGAAUGAGCGAGAUGAAAUUGAGGAGCAAUUUAAUCGUCUUCGAGACAGUUGCAGUGUUAUCACAGACAUGGAAGAGAACAUCCAGAAUGUGACAGAGCAAUGUGCAGAACUCUCAGCACAGAAUGAGGUCCUUAAGAUGCAGGUGGACGAGGUCACAGAAUCAAAGAAUUCUCUUGUGCAGGAGAUGGAGAGCGUGAACAAUGAAUUGUUUGAAAAGAAACAACAGUGUGCUAAUCAAGAAUUAACAAUCUCAAUGCUGAAGACAUCUUGUACUAUGCUAGAAGAACAGGUCACUGACCUUGAGAAGUUGAAUGAGAAACUGGAAAACAAGGAAGAAAACCUCAGAGGAGAGAAAUCCAAUUUAGAUUCCAGCAUCCAGCAGAUGAGGACUAAGCUUCAGGAAAUGACACAGACUUUGGAGGAAGAGAGGAAUGUCAGGUGUACCCUUGAAUCUGAGUGCAAGAUUUUGGAGGAGAACAUGGAGCAGGUGAAACUAGCAAGUAAGGCGCAGGAGGAGAUACAUCAACAACAAAUUAACCGAUAUAAAGAAACCAAAGACACAUUAACCAAGGAUUUACAUGACUUAGAGAAGAAGACUGCUUUAACGGAAGUGAACUUAACGUCGGCUGAAAGAAUGUAUCUCGAGGAACAACGAAAGUGCUCAGAAUUACAAGAUGAGAUUGAUGAGAUGGUUAAACAAUUAACAGCAAUAAAAAAUACAAACUUCAAGCUAACUCAAAGCCUAGAGGCUGCCAUUGAUACCGGUGAACAAAUCAAGAAUGAGAAAAUGGACAUUGAGAAUGAGUAUGAGAGUACUCAGUAUCAGUACAACCAUGAGAAAAUUAAGUUAAAAGAAACUUUGUCACAGCAGACAAAACUGAUCGACUUCCUGCAAACCAAAGUACAGAACCCAACAAAGAAAAAGAGAAAACUCUUUGGUAAGCAGAAGGACCAUGAUAAGCAAUACAAGGAUUUGCAGAGGGCACUGGAAGCCCAGAAAACCAGUACCACAGGCCAGGGAAAGACAGGAAGACAACAUGUCCGUACACGGCAAAACAGCGCUAGUCAUCCAAAAGAAAAUAAAUCUGAAAAUAUUGGAUGUUUUGCCACAACUCCAAAAACCCAGUCAAUACUAUCCAAAGCAAUAGUGUUGUCACCAAGCAGUCAGCCAAGCCCAGCAGCCUUACAGACACCAGCUAGACAGCAGAAACAAAAAGCAGGCCAGAGCUCCAAACAGCCCAAGGAGAGAAUGAAACACAACAUACCACAUCGCUUUGUCAUAGGCCUAAACACUCGGGCCACAAAAUGUGCAGUGUGUCUGGAUACGGUCUUCUUUGGUAGACAAGCAUCAAAAUGUGAGGAGUGCCAGCUUGUUUGUCAUUCACGAUGUGUGCCCUCGCUUCCACAUACCUGUGGACUCCCUACUCAAUAUCUCAAGCACUUUGGGGAUGCUAUGAGUACAAAGUCUGCUACACCAAUGAUAAAUGCUUCAAAAUCUGAUGGAUCGGUGCACCUACAGGCAUGGAUGAAAAUACCAAGAGCUGGAAAACAAGGUUGGGACAAGAGGUGGGUUUGUUUGCAAGAAAACAAGCUUCGCAUUUACAGCAAAGAAACUUCUGCAAUUUCAGAGAAAGCUAUGCAGGAGCACGACCUCUGCCCUACAGAUGGGGAAGUAACCGUUUUACCAGGCGUCUCUGCCUCAGACCUCCCAAACACUGCUGCCACAGACUUGCCGUACGUCAUGCGCAUUGACUGGCGCCCUCACACAUCCUGCUGGCCUGGCAAGAGUAUUUAUCUGAUGACCAUGGGCUUUGAGGACAAACAACAGUGGAUGGCUGUGCUGGAGAAGUUGGUGGACCAGCGAAAGAACAGCAAACAAGAGAGGGAGUAUGCUAAGCUGAUCGGUAACACCAUGCUUAGUUUGGAAGGGGAGAACUCUGUGGAUUUCAACAGUACACUGUUGCUUCAGAACAAAUUUUUACUUCUUGGGUCUGAAGAUGGUUUGUUCAGUUUGUCUCUAUCCAACCAAACUGAAUCGCUGUCACAGAUAGUAGGAGUGAAUAGUAUCUACCAGAUGGAACAGAUUCAAGAACUAGGGAUUGCAUUGUUCAUCUGUGGCAAAGAGCGGAACUUAUGCAUAGCUGAACUAGCGAAUCUAAUGAGGGCAGCAGAGGAAGCAAGUGUAUCAGAGACCACAGUGCCUUUGAAGCAGAUCAGUGGCAUUAUCUCCUGCCAUAUAUUCUCCCUUGGGAUGCUGGCCAAUGGUGUUUAUAUCUGUGCAGCCACCCCGCAGAAGAUCAUCAUACUGAAAUACAAUAAGGGAACUUCAAAGUUUUGUAUCAGGAAGGAAAUUAAAACUGCCGAGCCUUGUAGUUGUGUUAUGUUCACCAAACGAAGUAUUCUCGUUGGAACCGACAGAUUUUAUCAGAUUGAGUUGAAUGAAUACAGAGUUGAUGAAUUUUUGGAUUCAACAGACACAUCGCUUGCUUAUGCUAUAUAUGGGGCCAGUCAUGACAGCAGUUUUCCCAUCGCAGCGGUGAAAGUUUCGCCAGAGGAUAGUAAGGUUGAAGAGUUCCUUCUCUGUUUCCAUGAAUUUGGCAUGUAUGUCAAUGAUAAAGGGCGUAGGUCACGACCUGAUGAUAUGAAAUGGUCUCGUCUCCCCUUGUCAUUCACGUAUAAUGAGCCGUACUUAUUUGUCACACAUUUCAAUUCUGUAGAGGUGGUAGAGAUUAAGUCACAUGAUCAAACAUCCAGUCCUGGUGAGCCCACCUUCCUCAUGCUGCCAACACCUCGCUACGUUGGACCUGCCAUGUCAAAGGGCGCUAUCUAUUUGGCGACCACUAAAGAUCAGAGGAUUGAACUUGUGUGUCUACAAGGCAACUUACAGAAUGCCAGGGAAAGACGUGAACAGGACAGCAAGUUUGUAACUCCUGUUUCAAAAACAAAGAGAAAGUCAUUGGCUACAAAAGGAUCAAUGAAGAGAAUCUUAUCUGAGGACACCAUUAACCAACCACCCUCAAAGCAAAACAGGACAUCAGGUUCCAGCCUUGCUAGCCUACUAGGCCUGCGAAGAUCACCAAGAUUUUCCCCAACCACUUCCCUUGCAUCAGAUAUGAGUGACCCUUGAGAAUUGAUUUAAUCUAUGAUGACAUUUGACAUGAUACGAAAUAUGGAUAACUUUUAAAUUAGCAUGAUAAUGAUAAAAGAUAUUGAUAAGGUAAAAAAAAAAUCAAUGUGGGCUUAUUUCUUACUACUGAUCAUACAAUAAUUGUUAACCUUUUCAAAGUUUCAAUCAAACCUAACUGACGAAUCAGAACAGGGCAGGAAUAUGCACUAGUCCCGCAAAUGCACAUGUUUGCGUUGUCAUUUCGUGGGACCUUAGCAGCAAUAUCCAAGGACAGAGCAUGGCAGAGCUCAAAAUUCCAUUCAGGUAUAGGUCUUAGGUGCUGUCCACACUAUAAAAUUCCUUGUGACUUGGCCAAAUAUGGGCAUGAUGAUGUCAUAAAAAUUUAUGGUAUGGACAGGGCUUCAAAUAGUGCAUGUCACUUUACCUCAUUUGCCAAGUCAUUCAAGGAGGGUAGGGAGGAAUUAAUUACAGUACUUAGUAACCAUAAUACAAAAUUACUAAUAUAUAUAUAAAAAAAAACAUUAAUAGCAUGUUUAAAAUAAACAAAACACAUAAUUAACUAGAUUUUUUCUUAUUGGACACUACCAAGAAAGGGAGGCCAAGAAAAAGGCCACAGUUAUGUACAGUAUAUACAAUAUAGCAAUUGUAGUUUGCAACUUUACAUUUUUAAUAUUUCUGUACUAUACUAAUUAUAGAAUACUACUUUUUUAAUGUAAUGACAAAUAAAAAAUG